UGCUGACACACUACAAUGAGAAGAGGGCACACUGCUUAGAGCCUGUGCUUAGUAAUGUCUCCUCGCUCUCUAUACUCACCUAUCACCACUGUAUGUUCCAGUUAUUAAUGGGGGAUUCCUGUCUACUCCCAACGCUGUCCCUUCUAGUACCCGCUUCACCGAAACAGCAACCAUUUUAAAGAAGGCGACAAUAAGUCAUUUAAUGACGAUGUUAUCCGAGGACGUCACAAUUAUUAAUCUGAAUUCCAAGGAGCUGACAAGAAUACCAGCAGAUGUCUUUGAUCACACGGACUUAAAGUGUCUACAGCUCAACAACAAUGGGAUAGAGCAGCUACCACAUAACGUGGGUCUUCUCCUCAACCUGGAAAUAUUGUCCAUUGAAGGGAACAUGUUGAAAUGUCUACCUCCGGAAAUUGGCCUGCUGUCUCAACUACAGGCUUUAAAUGUAAGCCACAACCGCAUAGCUUGUCUCCCUGAUGACAUUUUGCGCGUUCGAUACAUCAGGCAGCUUUUUGUUAACCAUAAUAGCCUUACACAAUUGCCCUCGUGCCUAGGAGGACUCAUAAACUUGCAGAUCUUGGGGUUGAGCGGGAACCGUCUGACAUCCUUGCCCAAGUCAGUGGCCAACCUUACAAACCUGCAUGUAUUAAACCUAGACUGCAACCAGAUGUCUACAUUACCCAAAUCCCUCUUCAAGCUCCCCCAACUGGUGAAACUUUGUCUGUGUGGAAACCAGAUAAAAAGUUUGCCAAAAGAAAUUGGGGACCUGAAGAACCUACGAGAACUGUCGCUGAGCAACAACCUGCUGAAGUUUUUACCAGUACAGCUAUACAACUUAACCAAUUUAGAAGAACUCAUGGUGGAUAAUAACCAAUUAACUGCAUUAUCGGACAGGAUUGAGUGCUUUCAACAACUUAAAGUUCUUUCUGUGGCUAAUAAUUUUUUUCCAUUCAUCACCGAAAAGCUCUGCCACUGUCAAAGUAUAGAGACAUUGAUUAUGAGCGGUAAUCAGAUGUGUGCAAUGCCUGCAAACAUACACAAGCUACGGAACUUGAAGGAGUUACAUAUUGACCAAAAUGCGUUGGAGGUAUUACCAGAGCAACUGGCUUAUCUGAAGGAUCUGUCGGUGGUUACCUGUGCAGAGAAUCAUUUGCUCUACGUUCCGAUUGAAUUGAAAAACUGUCUACAGAUAACCAAACUAGACCUGAGUGGCAAUAGGUUGUCAGAAGUCCCACAGGCUUUGUCGUCAAUGACUGCCCUGUUACAUUUAAACCUCAACCACAAUGAAAUCCUUGAAAUAUCAGAGGCGAUCAGUUACAUCAGAGAGCUGAAGCAUCUGGAGAUGAGGGGAAAUAAGCUGCAAGGUUUCUCUGCCAAUGUCUGCUCACUUCACAAGCUCACCUACUUAGACCUCAGUAGGAAUGAGCUUAGCGGGGUCCCACCAAAUGUGUCAGAUAUGGAAUCUCUGUGUGAUCUUUUCCUCCAUUGCAAUAAGUUUACAUAUUUUCCAUCUGAACUGUGCACUUUGAAAAGUCUGCAGAGACUGAACCUGUCAGAAAAUAAGAUCACAUCUGUACCGGACCAGAUUUCUCAUCUCCAAACGCUGAAGCAUCUAAACCUGUCCAACAAUAACUUUACAGUUUUUCCAAGUGAAGUGUGUUAUGUUCCAGCACUGGAAACGCUGCUCAUCAAAAAUGAGAAUGGAAUGAAGAUUACAGCUCUCCCAGACGACUUGUGUAAACUGAGCAAUCUCAGGAAUCUGGACAUAUCAGACAAUGCUUUGAAAUCCAUCCCAAACAGCAUCGUACGAAUGAACAACCUGGUGGAAAUCAGAGCUUGUAACAAUAAACUUUCCUGUCUUCCUGCAUCAAUUACUGCCAUGGACGGUCUCCGGAACGUGCUUCUGAAUGGUAACAAGCUGACGUCAUUGCCUAAUGACAUCCACCGUCUCAAGAAACUGAAAGAGAUUAAUCUUGAUGAUAAUCCUAUGAUAGAACCUCCUCGCCUUGUGUGUGAAGAGAAACAGCUUUAUCCUAUUGGAUGCUAUUUACAGGCUAAUAACAUUCGGGAAGAGAGAAUUAUGCAGAAGAUUUUCAAACUAGUCUCAUGCAAUGUCCUUACAGAAGAUUUCACAUUUUUCUGCAAGAAACUUCAGCUUAGAGAUAAAGACAUCAAAGUCGUAGGAAAGAACAGAUCUCUUCAGUUGCCUGAGAAAAUCCUGCACAUGCUGAACCUCUGGAAAAUGGACAGACUGGCCGAUGUUAGCCCCGCCACUAUUACUGAACAGCUGAUUCGCGUGCUGGUGAUGGCCGAUCUACACGAAGUUGCGCUAAAAGUCAGGGCAUUAAAUCUCACUACAAGGGCAAUAAAAAUCUGAGAUCCCGCAGUCAGUGUCUCAUGGGGGUGGAGUGGUAGAUUCAGCACCAUGGCAUCUUACAACCUACAGUGGUUCUACUAAUGCAGUGAGACUACGCUACUGUACCUGCAUCAGUGAUACACCAGGUGAUCUCUGUGCAUUACACAAGAAAGGGAUUUAUCCUUACAGUGCCACAUGGAGCCCACUGCAUCCUCUGUACAGAAAGCCUGAAACAAUUGGGCAAUCAUUAAUUUAUACCACCACCACUAUAUAUACCAUAUACACCACCACCGCUAUAUAUACCAUAUGAACCACCACCGCUAUAUAUACCAUAUAGACCACCACCGCCAUUUAUAUCAUAUACACCGCCACUGCUAUAUAUACCAUAUACACCACCAUGGCUAUAUAUACCACAUACACCACCACUGCUAUAUAUACCAUAUACACCACCACCGCCAUAUAUACCACAUACACCACCACCACUAUAUAUACCAUAUACACCACCACUGCUAUAUAUACCAUAUACACCACCACUGCUAUAUAUACCAUAUACACCACCACCACUAUAUAUACCAUAUACACCACCACCGCUAUAUAUACCAUAUACACCACCACCUCUAUAUAUACCAUAUACACCACCACCGUUAUCUAUAUCAUAUACACCACCACCGCUAUAUAUACCAUAUACACCAAUACCGCCAUAUAUAUCAUAUAAACCACCACCGCUAUAUAUACCAUAUACACCAUCACCGCUAUUCUUACCACAUACACCACCACCGCUAUAUAUACCAUAUACACCACCAUGGCUAUAUAUACCACAUACACCACCGCUAUAUAUACUAUAUACACCACCACUAUAUAUACCACAUACACCACCACCGCUAUAUAUACCACAUACACCACCACCGCUAUAUAUACCACAUACACCACCACCGCUAUAUAUACCAUAUACACCACCACAGCUAUAUAUACAAUAUACAACACCACCGCUAUAUAUACCAUAUACACCACCACUGCUAUACAUACCAUAUACACCACCACCGCUAUAUACUCUAUACCAUAUACACCACCACCGCUAUAUAUACACCAUAUACACCACCACCGUUAUAUAUACCAUAUACACUACCACCGCUAUAUAUGCCAUAUACACCACCACCGCUAUAUAUGCCAUAUACACCCCCACUGCUAUAUAUACCAUAUACACCACCACUGCUAUAUAUACCAUAUACACCACCACCGCUAUAUAUACCAUAUACACCACCACCGCCAUGUAUACCAUAUACACCACCACCGCCAUAUAUACCAUAUACACCACCACUGCUUAGGUGGCCAAGCACCCUACUGCUCUCACAGUGACUUUACAUCCUGAUGGUCCAUUCUGUACCGGAUUCACUACUAUGACCAGCACACCUUGUAUGCUCCAGGCUGCCACUACAUAGCUCCUGCUUUUGAGAUUCCUGAAUUACUACUAUUUAACCCCUGCAUUAGGUAGGUAGUGUGGCGGAUUACUCCAGCUAAGGGCGACCUUCAUCGAUCUAGGGGUGACAAAAUAUAUUGGCCUUCCCCAACAUAAAAACAUUCUGAUGCCCUGAACAUGAAACACAUACCUAUCAUUAAAUAUAAAACACAACUAGAUUCAUAUAACAAACGCAGUUCUUAUCCUAUAUAAUAAAAGGCUAACUCUGCUCCUCACCUCUCUGGAGGGAAUUCAACUGCUUUGCACGCCGACAGCUACUAAAUGCUACCCGGCGGUGUUGCUUCAGUUGUGGCGUGAACAGCCACGGCGCUGACAUUACCGUUAUGUUGUUUCGUAAUUUUGACGGGCUGGCAACUAGUAUUGUUAUUACAAUCAUUAUAGUGCAGCCUACAUUAUAAAUCAAGUAAUAGUAAGGAAAUUACUUUUCAGCCACCUAAGGGUCAUGUUAUAGGGGUAUCUCAUAUCUGCGUGACGAUAAAUGAAUGGCCUCUCCUUCAAGAAUAUUAGGUUAUUAAGAUUCUGCAGAGUUCAGGUGAAUUAAUGUAAACAAAAUAUGAAUUACUUUGGAACAAAUGAUGUGUUUGCUUCAUUGGCUAUGACUACACUUCCCUCAGUGACAUCGAGGGGACUCACUGUGCUAUAGGGAAGCCUGUGCUAUAAAGACAUUUCAUGAGAUCAAUAAUCAGAUCUCUGGGGAUAAAUCACACAGAGACUGGACCUAUUUCUCCCCAGUCAUAAGGACAUACAAUCCUAAGUGUUCUAUGUUCUGUGAGUUUUCUCCUUUUUAUUUUAAACUGUAUUAUGCAACAUAUUGUAACAGCAUUUUUGUAA